CCCACCCCCCGGAAGUGAUGCAGGAGGCUGAGCCCGAGUGGGCGCUCUGGUCGCUGAGAAGAGCUGGUGGCGGAGAGGGCCUUCCCAAAGACACCUAUUCCCUUAGGAGGAGAGGCAGCCUAAAUGGUGCAAUGGUUUCCUGGUCUUUGGAGGACAUCAUGCUGGCAGACUACUACUGAGAGCAUGCAGAGGCCCAGGGAGCACCAGUGGAGCGGGUGUGUGACGGCGUGGGGGCUGCUCUAACAGCUGGGCGUGCUACAAUAUGGGCCAGUGUGUCACCAAGUGCAAGAAUCCUUCUUCCACUCUGGGCAGCAAAAAUGGCGACCGGGAGGCUCAUGGCAAAGCUCACGGGAAGCGGGGCACAAAUUACAAGGAUGAGUUCAGCCUGGUUGGCAGGAAGCCCUCUGGGGAUAUUCUGGUCAAUGGGACAAAGAAAGUGGAAGCUGCUAUAGAAUCCAGCCAGCCUCCAACUUCCUCUGGAGAUGCCAGGAAAGAGCCAAUCUCGGGCACAGAGGAAUCGUUCCUCCACAGAACUGAGGAAUUGUUUAGGAGGUACAAGGAUGAGCGAGAAGAUGCCAUAUUGGAGGAAGGCAUGGAGCGCUUUUGCAAUGACCUCUGUGUUGACCCCACUGAAUUCAAAGUGCUUGUCCUGGCUUGGAAAUUCCAAGCAGCUACCAUGUGCAAAUUCACACGGAUGGAGUUCUUUGAAGGUUGUAAAGCAAUAAAUGCAGACAGCAUCGAUGGGAUUUGCGCCCGGUUCCCCAGCCUCUUAAAUGAAGCUAAACAAGAGGAUAAGUUCAAAGAUCUCUACCGUUUCACUUUCCAGUUCGGCCUGGACUCUGACGAGGGCCAGAGGUCGCUACACCGGGAAAUAGCCAUUGCUCUCUGGAAGCUGGUGUUCACCCAGAACAAGCCUCCAAUUUUGGACCAGUGGUUACACUUCUUGAAUGAGAACCCCUCAGGAAUCAAGGGAAUCUCACGGGACACGUGGAAUAUGUUCCUUAAUUUUACUCAGGUCAUUGGGCCGGACCUCAGCAAUUACAGCGAGGAUGAGGCUUGGCCCAGUCUCUUUGACACUUUUGUGGAAUGGGAAAUGGAGCGGCGGAAGAAGGGGGAGGCGGAGGAGGAGGACCCCAGGCGCUUUGAGGAUUUACAGACAGCGUCCCUGUGUACAGACCACCACACCGCAUGACGUUUUAACGCAGCAGCAGCAGCAGCAGCAACCCUUCAUGGCCCGUAAGCUCAGAACUCAUCUGGAAUUUACAGACUUCUCCAGAUUUUUCUACUUUACACCUUUCUCUGCCUUGUAUUUUGAAAGGGCUUUAAAAUGCUGUAUCCAUAUUUUAGGCACUUUCUUUAAAAAAAAAUUGGGUUAUCCCUGUUUCUUCUUUCCUUGAAAUGUUUAACCCUCCCCCUGGUUGCAAGUUAAAUGAUUUUUAAAUGGUUUCAGACUGGUAUACUUCUUGCCACAGGUUACACAACUUUAAAAGAAAAAUACCUUUCUUUGUUUUUCUUUUUCCUGGUGAGGUUAAAUUAACAUCACUAAAUUAUUACAGUGCCAGAUUGAAGUUCUGCAUUUCUUUCUUUCUUUUUUUUCUUUUUUUAACAGAGCAGGCCUAUACUGUCUGUAGUGCUGUUUACAUUGUUGGAUUUUUUAAGGUUGUGAUAAUUUUAAGAUUUAUACCACAAUUGGUGACAGUGUUAACUGUUAACUACAAAUGCAUUUAAUUCCCAGGCAAACAAAAAGAUGUUGAAAGCCAAUGAAA